GGGUUUCAACGAGAAGCCGCGCGCAUUCAUGACACCAUGAGCGGAACGGCCGCGUGCGCUCUGCUCCUGCUCCUCUUCCUCGGCUGCGCUGACCUGAAGCCGAACGCGGGUCUGAAAACGUGGAGCCGCUUCAGCCGGCGGCCGUACCCGGGCGACAAAGCCUUCCUCUACGACACCUUCCCCCGGGACUUCAUCUGGGCGGUGGGCACGGCCGCCUACCAGGUGGAGGGGGCGUUCGAGAAGGACGGGAAGGGUCCGUCCAUCUGGGACACCUUCACCCGCGGGGGGACGCGGGUGGCGAAGGGAGACGUGGGCAGCGACUCCUACCACAACAUCAACGCCGACAUCCGCGCCAUCCGCCAACUCGGCGUCUCCCACUACCGCUUCUCCCUCUCCUGGGCCCGGAUCUUCCCCAACGGCACCCGCGGGAGCUACAACGAACUGGGCACCAACUACUACCGGCGUCUGAUCCGGAGGCUGAAGGACAUCCGGGUCCAGCCGGUGGUCACGCUCUACCACUGGGACCUGCCGGAGCAUCUGCAGCAGACGCUGGGCGGAUGGAGCAGCCCGGACAUGGUGCGCAUCUUCAGCGACUACGCGGACUUCUGCUUCCAGACGUUUGGGGAUGACGUCAAGUUCUGGAUUACCAUCGACAACCCGUUCGUCGUGGCCCGACAUGGCUACGGCACCGGAGUGGUGGCGCCCGGGAUCAAGAACGACCCGGACCUUCCCUUCCGCGUGGGACACAACCUACUGAAGGCCCACGCUGCUGCCUGGCACCUCUACAACCGCCACUACCGUCCCCGGCAGCGCGGCAAGGUGUCGAUGGCGCUGGCCUCUCACUGGAUCAAGCCCAUCCACACUCGGCUGGACAGCCUGCGAGACUGCCAGUGCUCCCUGGACCACGUGCUGGGCUGGUUCGCCCGGCCUCUCUUCACGGACGGGGACUACCCGCCCUGCAUGAAGGCCACUCUGGGCUCCAGGCUGCCCUCCUUCACUGAAGAGGAGAGGGAGCAGGUGCGAGGGACGGCUGACUUCUUCGCUCUCUCCCACGGAGCCGCUCUGAGUUUCCAGUUCAUCAACGACAGCCUGAAGUUCGGGCAGCAGGAGGAACUGGACCUGAGGAUGCUGCUCUACUGGGUCAGCGCCGAGUACGACAAGCCGCCCAUCUUUGUGGUGCAGAGCGGCUGGUACGUCCUGGGCAACACCAAGACUGAAGACCCCAAACACAUGUACUACCUCAAGAGGUUCAUCUCCGAGGCCCUCAAGUCUAUCGUCAUUGACGGGGUGAACGUCAUCGGCUACACGGCCUGGUCCCUGAUCGACGGCUUCGAGUGGCACCGUGAGUACGGGAUACGGCGAGGGCUGUACUACGUGAACUUUAAAACCCCCGACAUGAAGAGGGAGCCCAAGACGUCGGCCACCUUCUACAGAAACGUCAUCCAGAGAAAAGGUUUCCCUGAACUGCCGGAGAACCGUCCGGCUCAGGGGGUCUUCCCCUGCGACUUUGCCUGGGGGGUCUCUGCCAACUCCAUUCAGGUGGAGACCACCCCUAGCCAGUUUGCCGACUCCAGCGUGUACCUGUGGAACAUCUCCAACAACGGCGAGCUGAUCAGGCUGGAAGGCUUGAGCGCACCACCUUUACGCCGAUCGCCACACUGCGCCGAUUACGUCACCAUCCAGCAACAGGUGGAUGAAAUCACCGCCGUGGGCGUGACCCACUUCCACUUCUCCCUGAAUUGGUCGGCACUGGUGCCCACGGGCGACGUGUCCCGCCCCAACACCACCCUGCUGGGUUACUACCGCUGCUUCACCCGCCAGCUGCUGCAGGCCCAGGUCACCCCGGUGGUCACCCUCUGGCACCACACCCGCCUGGGCAGCAGCAUGCCGGCGCCGCUGGACACCGUCAACAAGUGGCUGAACCAUGAGACCCCGCAGGCCUUCGCCGACUACGCCCGACUGUGCUACAGGGAGCUGGGAGAUCACGUCAAGAUGUGGAUCACGCUGAACGAGCCCAACGACGAGAUGGUGAGCUACCAGGAGGCGCACCAGAUGCUGCGGGCGCACGCUCUGGCCUGGCAGGCCUACGACCGCGAGUUCAGACACGCCCAGGGAGGACAGGUCUCGCUGACUCUCUACAUGGACUGGAUGGAACCUGCCUUCUCCUUCAGGCGUGAAGACGUGGAGCCGGCCAAGAGAGUCCUGGACUUCCGCGUGGGCUGGUUUGCAGAGCCUAUAUUCGGAAGUGGCGACUAUCCCACGUGCAUGAGGAGCUGGCUGCGUCAGCUCAACUCUCUUGAUUUACCGAUCUUCAACGAGGAGGACAGACUUCUGGUGAAGGGGGCGUACGACUUCUUUGCCAUCAGCCACUUCAGCACCAAGCUGAUCACUCACGCCAAAGAGGACUCGUACACGUACACAGCCAUGCUGGAGAUGCAGUACAUGAUCGACACCACAUGGAUCCAGUCCCCGAGACCUGUCGUGCCCUGGGGCCUCAGGAAGGCCCUCAACUGGGUGAAGGAGCACUACAGCAACGUUCCUGUCUACGUGAUGGCCAACGGCGUCCAGGAAGACCCCGCCCAGUUUAAAGACAGCCUGAGGGUCUACUACCUGUACAACUACAUCAACGAGGCCUUGAAAGCGUACACUCUGGAUGGAGUAAACCUCAAGGGCUACUUUGCGUACGCCUUGAGCGACCAACGGGAUCCAGGAUUCGGCAUGUACGGCCAGGUCCACGAGGAGGUCAUCAUCAAGGCCUCGCUCUCCAACUACCGCCACAUCAUCCAGCACAACGGCUUCCCGCCACCGGGGGCAGCAGAGCAGCAGUGCCCCAGAAGCCCUCAGCCGUGCGUGGGCUGCCAGGUGCAGGUCAACAGGCCUCUGGUGGGCUUCCUGACUCUGGUGGGGGCAGGGGUUCUCAUCACUCUGGUCCUCAUCAUCUACUUCUCAGCGAAGAGGCAGAAGGAGUGUUACUAGUUACUGUGGCUGUUGUUGAACGCCGUAAACUGUUGUUUCAAAGCUUAAAGGGCCAAUGAAGCUCACGCAGUCGCCUGAAAACCCUGCAGAAUCCUGUGUGAGAAUGUGAUCAUUGCAAUGUUUUACAGCUCCAAAAGACCUGAUUUAGAUUCCCACCAUCAAGACUGUGUUAUUGUGACAAGUGCUGCUUUUGUGUUGUUUAUUCAUGAUUAAAUAUAACACACUCAACACAAU